AGACUAUCUGCCUGCAAAUUCGUGGUUACGCAAUGUUGUAGUGUUAUAGCCCAAACUACUGGGUACUACUUAAAAAAAAUACCAAUUUCUUGAGUCUCCGUAUCCAAGCCCAAACCUACUAAGUUCAGAACAUUUAAAUUCCAAACAAAGAACACAUUCAGGGUGUGAUAAAAAAGAGGUAAAAAUGUUUUCUACAGAUGAAGUAUAUUAACCAGAUUUAGUUACAACUUAUAACCGGUCCUAAAUGUGAAGGCAUGGCGAAACGAAAUGAAGUGUUAGAUAUAUUUUUACCACUACUUUGAUGAAACCAGACAAAAUAAAUGCCCGAAGUUUUGGAUUACAUUAAAAAAGGUAAACAAUUAAUAUACACGAUAAUAUGCUCAUCAAAAGGUUGCUUUUCACAUGUAUUUGUGGGAACCACAUGCGUAAAUGGUAAAAAACGAACCCUAGAGGGGCGUAUAGUAUUUAACUUCCGAUUAUCAAGUUCUUCUCUCACUAUCUGCGAUCACUUGGAAUCUGAACGUCUAUGUUUUUAUAGGACUGGAGGAUUUUUAGUAACAGUACGAUAUAUCACCUGUGUUUCGGUGAGGACUCUUUGCCACCUUGUGUGAGCCCACUUAGUUCUUUCAUUUUGGUGUUCAUAAUUUUCCGUUUGUCAGUAAGAAUACCCAAGACAGAAUACUGACGAUUGUGGUCAACUAUUCUGUGCUGACCAAAGUCAUAUAAUAGUUAGUAAUAUCGAAGGGAAUCUAUACCGGUGAUUUAAAACGAGAUGUCAACAGUGAAAAAUUGCCUCUAGAAUGAUAUAUGGAAACCAAAGGUUAGAAUCAAGACUAUAGCAUUAUAAGUAUGAACUGCUGAUCUGUUUAUAGCUUGUAACACUUAUACUACGUUUAGAUUUUGUUUCUUUUUAGGUUUCACUACAAUACUGGCAUCGAUCAGGAACUCUACUACUGCCUCGGUAGGACUAACAAAACAAACAACUAUUUAUUUACUGCACGCUAGUGACAGCAGUCGUCACUGAUUGGGGACCACUGUUCGGCGAAAGAAAAGAAUAAAGUCACACAAUAAAACACAACCGCAUGCUUUAUCUUCAUUAAUUUGACAUCACAACAGAUGUUGCUUUUUUGACGUAGUUCUACUCUCGAUUUAAUCACGGAUUUACGACCUACUUCUGUAGAAUUUAUGUGGCUGUCUUAGCAACUGUUGGGCUGUUAAUUGCUCUGUUAAUCAAUCUUUCCCUUUUAUAAUGUCGCUUAAUCGUUCUGUGUUUUCUCAGCUAUUUAAUUCAACUGUUUCCUUAUCCUUUUACUGAUACGUUCAGUAAUAUCGGGUAAUCUAUCUAUCUCGCUAUCAGUAUCCUGAAAUGCCAAUAUCUGUUGAAUACUAUUAAGAAGUCCACGUAACCAGAGAAAAUGGAACAAAUGGUUGUCUAUAUUCCUAUCUCUCAACUGGCUUCUUAUAUGCUGCUAAAGUUGUGAAGGUGCCCUUUUAAUAAGGUGCAUGCUAAAUGAUAGUUAUUCAACGGCUUGUUGAUCAGAAAAUGAAGUGGCUUUCAUCACUUCUUCUUCUAGAAAAUCGUACGGUUUUCUGCGUAAGAUUUGAAAAUUUGCUUAGCAAAUUCCUCAGGCAACAGAACCUAUGUUCCCAAACUUUUUGCUUUGAGAGAGGAUACGACAAACCACAAAGAAGUGUACUGGACAAGUGAACAUGAAUUUGGGUCAGCAGAUAUGAAAGAAGACACGAGAAUAAUUGUAACGGCCACGCAUCUUGUAUCCAAAAGUUGCCAAUUACUAGAGUUCAAAGAGAUAAGGAAUGAUCAAGCGAAAUUCAAUUAUACUAAGAAUAAUAAUACAAACAAGAGAAACACAGUAACGUAAGAAGUGUAACUUCCUGCCAGAAAAAGGUCAGAAAUGCUCUUGGUAUAUAUCCGAAUAGCAUAUGGAUUUCAGUUAUUUGUAAUUUCUUUAUGGAAAUAAAGAUAUUAGUAACAUCAGUGAAUCAUGAACAAAGAAAUUAACGAGAAAUUGCUUUACAAGGGCGAUAUCACUAUAUUGUGUCUCUAGCUAACUCCCGAAACACUAUGGCUCUUCUCAGUAUCCCGAAAAAUGCUGAUACACCUGUGUAUUUUUUUCCUUAGUUCUUGGAGUUAUAUAUAUACUGUCACCUGUUCUACAGUUAUUACUGGUUCUCACUGACAGGACAUUUCAUCAUUAUUAAGAAGUCUACUUCAACUUUACAGCCACAAAUGUAAAUAGCUUCAUUGUUGUGUAAUUUUUGUUGGAAAUCAUAUUUCCUCCCAAAUGCGACCUAAGUAGCUAAUUUUGUGCAGUUUGGCAGUUUAAAUAAUUCACUUCAGUUUGUUAGCAUCAUUCUUCAUAAAUAAUUCCAAUGAAUCCUCAUUGAACGCUUGGAAGUGUAUUUAAUAGUUUACAUAUGAAUAUACGAUACAAAACACAACCAAACGACCGAUAACGUUUGAAAAACUUAAAAAUGAAGGUAAGCAGUGCAUUCAUGGAGUAUGAUAUAGUAUAACAAACGUGAUAGCAUCCUGAAAGAACUUUUACUCUUACUGUUGUCAAUUAAACAGCAAUUUCAAAACAAUCAGGAAGAUAAUUGAAUAUCGAAGCAGUUAAAUCAUUAUUAGAUCAUAAAGUCGAUAUGUCAAUAUGUACAAAAUAAAGUCCUUGCUACAAGUACACAGAGGGAAGUGACUUCACUUUGGUGAAUAAGGUUUACUCAAACUGGCAAGAAUCAUCUUAAUAGCCGUAAACAUCCCACACUAGUCUUCUUAAAGAUUUCGCUGUUUAUAGGUGACACUUUUUCAGGUCAGCCUUUUCAGUUCUUUUCUUUAGUGACGAUAUUAAGGCUCUGAGUGAGUUGUAAAGGCGACUUGAAUAUUCUGAGGGACAACAUAGUGAAAUGAAUUAACAAAUUUAAAACGACUAAAAAUCUUGAGAAUCUCAUUCUAGAAGUCAGCAUAGAAUAAUCUAAAGAUUUACUUUGCAGCAAAAGCAUCAUAUCCCUUUUACAUGAGAAUCAAGCAAGAAUUAUUCGGCGCUAUCAUGUUCAUUCAAAGAAAUUUACCAACCUUGAGAACCUUAUAACAAAUAUAUUUUGAAAUUCAACUCAAUAGCCUUUCA